CCUACUAAUAUCAGAUAAGCUACAAAGAAAAAGGUAUACAUCACUUUUUCGGAAUUGUACACGUGGCUGCACGAAAAAUAGCACAAUUAAAAAAGUUACAAAAACGUUGUCGUCGGGUCAGAACUCUGGGUCGUCUCGCUAUAGAAUAGCUUAAUACUCACUCCAUGUUGUUUUACAGAUUUGAGGCCUGGGCUAGCCGUCAUAGCCACAAAAUGCCAGUAUUGCUUGUGAUGGUAUUGGUGUGACAUCAGCAACAACCUGAUACGUGUCAUUGUUUGGAUAUACAGCAUCCCGUUGGAUUCGCGAAACUAUCGAUGCCGGUCGAGUCGAGUUACAGAUCCCUAUUUCCCCUUUCAUUAAAUCUCCUAAGUUCUCGUGUACACCCAUGUGAUGUGUGGGUGUAUUCACAAGGACCCCUUUUUUUUCCCUAUCCUGUCUGGCGUAUUCAACUUUACUGUGGACGGAACCUUGUGGAUUCCUGGCUGUAUCUCCCAGACCUAAAGGCAUUUCGAAGCUGGAUCAUGGCUGGAUUGAGUGGCUGGAUUGAGACAUUUGUCACUGUUUGCGCCGUCUAGCGUCCGGAUUCUCAACUAGUUCGCCGGAAUGUCCAAAACCUUCCAUCUCGAGCAAGAGGAGGCACUCCGUUAGCUUUUCCGUCAAUUCGACGAUCCUGCUGGUUGCUUACCCCUUCUCUUUUCAUACAACUCGACAACAUUUCUUACUUUACCUCCGGUCGCUUCCGUGGAACCAUAUCAAGUGGGCGUGUGUGUGUGUGUAGUCAGUGCCAGGAAAAUGUGGGUCGUCGCCAUCGCUAUCAAUUUCCAAUGAAUUCGUCUUAUCCACCACGUAGUCCUGCAUCACGUUUCCUCGAAUAAUGUCCAUACCGAUCGAAGAAGACAAGAAAGAACUUCUUAUCCAAGCGAAAGCUGAUGCCUGGCGGCCAACAGCAUCCAGCGGCGGAUGGCAAGCGAAGAAACCGAGGAGGAGCCAAUCACGAUCCAGGACUCUACGACCUGCCCAGUUUUUACAGUUCGGAUUACGUAGGAUCUGGACGGACGGAAAUUCCCAGCAUCGAAACGGGCGGCCAAAGUCGAGUCAGAGCCUCUACGCCGUUCCGGCCGUCUGCGGAUGACAAGGAAGAUUCCGGCGAAUCGUCAUUUGCCCGUCGAGAAUUUGCCGACGGCGACGCCGCUGGCGGAGGAGGAGCUGCUGGACUUUACCGCAACAAAUGCGUUUCUUUCUUGGCGCUAGUGGCCGGACUGGCGGCCUUUGGCUGCUCGUUGGCUUCACUGGCCGGCACCACCAACUGGGUGGACACUUGGGAGCCGAUCGACCUGCCGCCCACGCAGGACUGGCCGCUCUUGUUCGGCACGGGUUACGGCAGUUUGAUGCCCAGUCGUUCAAAAGACGGGCAGAGCGGCAAAGCCACGGCCGGCGGAUCGAGCCCUGGUGGUGGUGGUGGCCAUUCCAAUGUCAAAUCGUCGUGGUCGGCCAGCACGUCCAGCACCAAAGUGGCGGCCAGCGGCUUCGCCAACGGGGUGGAUCCGACGGCCACCAAAUCCAAUUGGGAAUCGUCACUGCGUCCGUCGGCUCCUGGCGGUGGCCAUCAACACGUCGGCCCGUCGGCCGAGAACGUGACGACAACGAGUCCGUCUCUACCAGCUGCCGUUACGACGUCGACGACGGCCCGUCCGGCGACGUCCGACGCCGACGAAUUCGAUUACGACGACGACGACUAUUACGCCCAGGACGAAUCGUACCAGGCCGUCCAGGGAGGAGGUGGAGGAAUGAAGGAGCCGGACGAUGCGGAGAUCGUCAUGUUGCGUCACGAAGAAGAGGAACAACAGCAGAAUCCGGAAGACGAACAAGAAGAUGAGCAGGAAGACAAACGAUCGUUGGUCGUCGUCUUUCACGUCGGACUCUUCCGGGCCUGCCCGGUCCUCAAGGGGGAAAUGCCCUCCAGCGUCGUUCUACCGAAUUUACCGUGCGCUCCGCUCGAGUACAUCAACUGGCGGCCGUUGACUGGGCAGAGUUUCCGUCUGUGGCGUAACGUUGAGUACACGCCCGAUUUCCUCAACAAACUCAGGUACGCCACACCUUGUUUCGUGCUGGGCACUUUCAUCGGUCUGGUGGCCCUCAUCAUCGCCAUCGGCGGACGCUGCACCGGUCCCGAUCGGACCCUCGUCUGCAGUUCGCUGCACAUUCUGGCCGGAUUGUCUCUCGGGAGUGGAUUGAUCAUUUUCGUUUCGGUCCUUCACGAAGAAUUUUCGCUGCCGUCGCUGCGAUCGUCGCGCCAUUCCGGUGGGUGGCCGCCGGCCUCGUCGCCGUCCAACCGCUUCUACAAUGGCGACAGCGCCGGAAUAGGAGGAGCUGGCCCCGGAAGCGCUUUCUACUCGGACAGCCGAAGCUUGCUGACGGCCACAACGGCGACUGGCGGGCAACAUUCAGUGGCUUCGUCGUCUGCUGCCGGCGGGAGCGGAUUGGUCUCGGCCGCUCUAAUUCCGUCUUUCCGCUACGGCUGGUCGUUUUACGCGGCCCUGGCCGCCUUUGUCAGCUCGGAACUGGCCGCCGCCGUCUACAUCAUUCUGCACACGCACAUCUUCAAAUGGGCCAGCCGGACCAGGUCGGCGGCCCAAGCGGCGGCCAAUUCCUCGGGCAAAUUGCUCCUGAUGGCCACCAACAGUCUGGCCAGCAGCACGACUGCGGCGUCCGUCUGCAAAGAGAUUGGCGUCCAAACGUCGCCGCUCUCAUCAGCCUCGCUCUUGAUGAUGAUGGACAAACGGUCCAGCGAAGUGUCGGCCAUCAGCCCCACGGCGUCGGCCAUCGCCGACGUCUCCCAUCACAGCCAACAAAUGCACGUGCCCUAUUGCGACUUGCUCACCAUGGAUCCUGGCCAUUCGACAGCACACGGAGAAUUCGAUCGAGAUCCUGAUGUACCGCCGUUCCUGGCGGCCGGAGCGGGCGGAAGGCCCAGUCCGAUGUACAUCAACAACGCGGAAUCGGGACCCGGCAUCCAGCAGGAGAUGGACUGCACCUGUCAGAUUCACUACGCCACCUACAACCGACCGAAAAUGCGCAAUAGCAAUCACGUUGCCGGCAUUCACAGAGCGUCCACCAUGCCCCGCAAGGUGGCCUUCGAGGGGCUGGCCAACGUCUACCAACAGACGCCGUUGUGACAAAUCGACGACAAUUGACUCCCGAAUCUCUCCCUCCCGCCGAAUCGUCUUUUAACCUUUUGUGUGUGUAUAACAUGUGCUGUCCUCUCAAUAAAUGAACGGAAAAAAAAUAAUAAUGAAGAAAGGUGUUUUCAAGUUAUUUUUACCACGUCAAUAAACCGUCUAUGUAGAUUCUCAUUCUAUUGUGUUUACAUUGCGACCAUUACAAAGAUACAGUUCUAUCCAUUGAAUAGAAAGCCAUCUUUU